AUGCCUUCAGAAACUGAACGUUUGCUUGGAAAUAAUGCGAGGGGUGCAAACUCUACACCUUCCAUAUUCCAGGUUGUUAUCUCUAGAAUAUACAAUGCAUUGUACUUAGCGUUAUCUUCGUCAGCACUAAACUGGCUUUUGUUGUUUGUUCCACUCGGAGUGUUGGCAGCUUGGUUGCACUGGGGUGCAGUUGCAGUUUUCUCGCUCAAUUUCGUGGCUAUCAUCCCUCUUGCGUCCCUUUUAGCAUAUGCUACUGAAGAAUUGGGAGAAAGCAUUCACAACGAUUCAAUUGCAGGACUCCUGAAUGCCACCUUUGGAAAUGCCAUUGAGGUCAUUGUUGGUAUUGUUGCGUUGACCCAGAACCAGAUUACAGUUGUUCAGGCCUCGAUGUUGGGAUCUAUUCUCUCCAACUUGCUUCUUGUGUUAGGUUCGUGUUUUAUUGCUGGAGGAAUCAAAUACUCACAGCAGGUGUUUAAUCAGACCGUUGCACAGACCAUGUCAUCCCUCCUAGCCUUAGCUGUAAUCGGCUUGCUUCUCCCGGCCGCAUUUCAUGCCUCACUUCCGAAGAAAACGCCAGAUUUGGAUCGUAAGAUCUUGGAUUUCUCCAGAGGAAACGCUAUUCUCCUCUUGGUUGUUUACUGCCUGUUCCUUUUCUUCCAGUUGAAGACACACGCCUACCUCUUUGCCGACACGGGAAGCACCGAUCAGCAAACUGGCACGCCAAACGACGAGGCAGUGCAAGAAUCCUCCUCUGAUCUUGAGAAUCAACAGCAGUCUUUGCCGGUUCCAGAGCCUGCAUCACGUGCUUCGUCGAGAUCCUCGCACGGCAAAACCCGGGCGGGUCUUGUCAUGAGGCCAAAAUCCAUGUAUGACUUGAAAAAAGUGGCCAGACAGGAGCAUUUGGGUGCUUCUGAGUCUGUUGCGAUUCUUUUCCUCACUACACUUCUGGUUUCCGUGUGUGCCGACUACUUGGUCUCGUCGAUCGACGACAUCGUCGCGUCCUCAGGUCUUUCGAAGACUUUCAUCGGUUUGGUGGUUAUUCCAAUCGUUGGAAAUGCCGCUGAGCAUGUCACGGCUAUUGUUGUUGCUUAUAACAACAAGAUGGAUUUGGCAAUUGGUGUUGCCGUUGGCUCUUCUCUCCAGAUUGCCUUGUUUGUCACUCCGUUUAUGGUUUUGAUUGGCUGGUUUUUGGAUGUGCCUAUGUCGCUUUAUUUCUCCUCUUACGAGACCGCCGUCAUGUUUGUUUCUGUUUUCAUCACCAACUACUUGAUUCUUGAUGGCGAAUCCAACUGGUUGGAGGGUGCCAUGUUGAUUUGCACGUAUCUUAUUAUCGGUGUGUCCUUCUACCUUUAUCCAGAUACGCUCGCCCAGUGA